GGAUGGGAUGGAAUAUAAAAUAAUAUAUAAAUAUUGUGGUACCUGUGUCCCAAUCAUUCCUAACGGUGCAAUUAAAAAGGAACUGAUUUGGCCACGAUUCAAACACAAUAAUAACGUUAAUGGCGACACAGUAUCCCAGGUACCUGCCUGGAAUUAACAAGUUUAUUUAUCUGUUCCUAUGUCUCUGGCCCCACCCCUGUGACACUCGCUGAGACUCCAUCCCCAGGAUUAUUUCCCAAAGGAGGGAGUACUGUUGCCUUCAUGGAGGUUGGGUUAAGAGACUAUUGCAUCUUUAUCAGAUAAAUAAAAUAUUUUUUAUAUAAAAAAAAGCAGAAACAGCGUCUUUAAAGUGGAACAGCAACAGGACGGCGUUUGAUAACCGCGAAUUGAACAGCUGCAGCCAGCAGAAAUGAAUGCAGCUGGGCCUGGCUACCCGAUUGCCUCUCUGUAUGUUGGGGACCUGCACCAAGAUGUCACUGAGGCAAUGUUAUAUGAGAAGUUCUCUCCUGCUGGACCUAUCAUGUCUAUCCGAGUUUGCAGAGAUGUUGUUACCCGCCGCUCCCUGGGCUAUGCUUACAUCAACUUCCAGCAACCUGCAGACGCUGAGCGUGCCCUUGACACUAUGAACUUCGAAGUGAUUAAGGGCCGCCCUGUACGUAUCAUGUGGUCUCAGCGGGAUCCCUCCCUGCGCAAAUCAGGCGUGGGCAACAUCUUCAUCAAAAACCUGGAUGAGUCCAUUGACAACAAGGCUCUGUAUGAUACCUUCUCUGCUUUCGGCAAUAUUCUAUCCUGCAAGGUUGUCAGCGAUGAGAGUGGGUCAAAAGGAUACGGUUUUGUACACUUUGAAACGCAGGAGGCUGCAACCCGUGCCAUUGAGACGAUGAAUGGAAUGUUACUGAACGAUCGGAAAGUGUUUGUGGGUCACUUCAAAUCCCAUAAGGAGCGAGAAGCAGAAUUUGGAAGUAAAGUUUUGGAAUACACCAACCUUUAUAUCAAGAAUUUUGGGGAGGAUAUGAAUGCGACCAGACUGAGAGAGAUCUUCAAUGCAUUUGGGAAGACACUGAGUGUUCGGGUGAUGACGGAUGAGAGAGGUCGCUCCAGGGGAUUUGGCUUUGUCAACUUUGAAAAGCAUGAAGAUGCUCGCAAGGCAGUGGCUGAAAUGAAUGGCAAAGAGAUUAAUAGCCGAGCUGUGUAUGUUGGCCGUGCACAGAAGAAGAUGGAGCGACAGUGUGAGCUGAAACGCAGGUUUGAGUUGAUGAAGCAAGAGAGAAACAGCCGCUAUCAGGGAGUGAACUUAUAUGUGAAGAAUCUGGAUGAUGGGAUUGAUGAUGAGUGUUUGAGGAAGGAAUUCUCUCCGUAUGGAACGAUCACCAGUGCAAAGGUGAUGACCGAGGGAGGUCACAGCAAAGGCUUUGGGUUUGUCUGUUUUUCUUCACCCGAAGAAGCAACGAAAGCCGUCACCGAGAUGAACGGGCGGAUUGUCAGCACCAAGCCCCUGUACGUGGCCUUGGCUCAACGCAAGGAGGAACGCAAAGCACACUUGACAAACCAGUACAUGCAGCGACUGGCAAACAUGAGAGCUCUGCCCAACCCCUUGCUCGGCUCAUUUCAACACCUGGCACACUCUGGGUACUUCAUGCCAACUGUGCCACAGAUUCAAAACCGAACUCCAUAUUAUGCCACGUCUCCAGUGACCCCAAUGCGACCUUCUCAACGUUGGACAGGCCAACCCAUCAGGCCUCCGACCCCCUACCACAGCAUGCUCCCCUCAGUGAGAGGGACUGCACCCCGAAGAGUAGCCACAGCUAUCAGUACCGUCCGCCAAGCAUCUACCCAGGUUCCCCAGCUCCCGUCCAACAUGCAGAGAGUGGCCACUACAGGGACUCAGACAGCGGGACCUCGUACUGCUCUUUCAGGACCGAUGGUGCGAGUGCUGCCCCAGUAUAAAUAUACAUCUGGAGUCUGUAACACACAGCACCCUCCUGGUGCUCAACAGGUGCCUGAGCCAGCUGUUCAUGGUCAGAUGCCCCUCAGUGCCUCAGUGUUGGCUGCUGCGCAACCACAGGAACAGAAACAGAUGCUGGGUGAGCGCCUGUAUCCGCUGAUCCAGGAAAUGCAUCCAACACUGGUCGGCAAAAUUACAGGAAUGCUGCUGGAGAUUGAUAACUCCGAACUCCUCCACAUGUUAGAAUCACGAGAGUCCCUUCGCUCCAAGGUGGAGGAAGCUGUCGCUGUGCUUCAGGCUCAUCAAGCUAAAGAUACGGUGCCGAAGAAAGGGAGCACAGCUGCCUGAACAGGCCGGACUUGAGCAGCAACAAGCAAACUUUCAUGAAGCAAAGAUAAUUUGGUCGCAUGAUUAAACUUUAGGUGGGGAUCAAACUGAAUAAGGAUCUGAUGUGGCCUGGAGAUAAUGUUCUCCACUCACAUUCAAUUGUGCUCCGAGAUUUGGCUUUUGUGUCCUGUACUGUAUUCGGUUUGUCUUGGGCUGUAUUAAAGAACACUGAAACUGGAUUGUGGCUGCCUCUGUCUUUGAAU